AUGGCUGCUGGAGUGGCAACCUGGCUGCCCUUUGCUCGGGCAGCAGCUGUGGGCUGGCUCCCACUGGCCAAGAAGCCUAUGCCCAAACCUCCUCUCGAUAAUAAACGCCGCCAUGAUGAAAUCUUAGUGGUCAACGUUAGUGGAAAACGCUUCCAAACGUGGAAGAAUACCCUUGACCGUUAUCCAGAUACCUUGUUAGGCAGUUCCGAGAAGGAAUUCUUUUUUGACGAAGACAGCAAGGAAUAUUUCUUUGAUCGCGACCCAGAGAUGUUUCGGCACAUUCUCAACUUCUAUCGUACCGGCAGGCUCCAUUACCCCCGCCAGGAGUGCAUACAGGCCUUUGACGAAGAGCUGUCCUUUUAUGGAAUCAUCCCAGAGCUGAUUGGUGACUGCUGCUUGGAAGAAUACCGAGAUCGCAAGAAGGAGAACGCAGAGCGCCUGGCUGAGGAUGAAGAAGCCGAGAUUGCCACGGACACUGCCUUGCCGCCAGAUAGCACAUUCCGCCAACAGCUCUGGAGAGCAUUCGAGAACCCCCACACCAGCACUAUGGCUUUGGUCUUCUACUAUGUGACUGGUUUCUUCAUUGCCGUCUCGGUCAUUGCCAAUGUGGUGGAGACAAUCCCAUGCCGGCCAGCUCCUGGGCAGAAGAGAAGCAUGUCGUGUGGGGAUCGUUUCCCCAAAGCUUUCUUCUGCAUGGACACAGCCUGUGUCCUCAUCUUCACUUUUGAGUAUUUCAUGCGGCUUUUUGCUGCCCCAAGUCGAUUUAAGUUCAUGAAGAGUGUGAUGAGUAUCAUUGACGUUGUGGCCAUCAUGCCUUAUUAUAUUGGGCUGGUGAUGCCAGAAAAUGAAAACGUCUCUGGGGCCUUUGUGACCCUGAGAGUCUUCCGUGUCUUCCGCAUCUUCAAAUUCUCACGCCACUCACAGGGCCUAAGGAUCCUGGGCUAUACUCUUAAGAGCUGUGCCUCUGAGUUGGGCUUCCUUCUCUUCUCCCUCACUAUGGCUAUCAUCAUCUUUGCUACAGUUAUGUUCUAUGCCGAGAAGAGCACAACGGAGACCAACUUCACCAGCAUCCCUGCUGCCUUCUGGUACACUAUCGUCACCAUGACCACACUUGGCUAUGGUGACAUGGUUCCAAGCACCAUUGCAGGGAAGAUCUUUGGAUCCAUCUGCUCUCUAAGUGGGGUGCUGGUCAUCGCCCUUCCUGUACCUGUCAUCGUUUCCAACUUCAGCCGUAUCUACCACCAGAAUCAGCGUGCAGAUAAACGACGGGCUCAGCAGAAAGUUCGCCUGGCCCGAAUACGCCUGGCCAAGAGUGGCACUACCAAUGCUUUUCUUCAGUAUAAGCAGAAUGGAGGCCUUGAGGACAGAGAUCCUGAUGCACAUGCCUUGGCAGCGCGCAACCGAUCAGCUUUUGAACAACAGCACCACCAUCUCUUGCACUGCUUGGAGAAAACUACAAGUCAUGAGUUUACUGAUGAACACUCCUACAGUGACUUUUGUCUGACUGAACCCCUGGGUUACCGCACCAGCCGCAGCACUUCUCUCUCCUCUCAGCAAGGAAGCAAAGGGGUUCUAAGCACCUCCUGCUGCCCCCGCCGCAACAGGCGCCGCACCACCCGUCUCACCAACUCCACCAUGUCUGUGAGCCGUGCCAGUGCUCAGGAGCUGGAUAUGCUGAACAGCCAGAAAAGUUCUGCCCCCCAGAGUCGUUCCAACCUGAAUGCCAAAACCCAUGACAACUUGAAGCUGAACUGUGACACAACUGACUUCACAGCAGCCAUUAUCUGCAUCCCCACUCCUCCUGCCAACACACCAGAUGACAGUCACCCUCCGUCACCUAGAGGCCCGGGUGGACCCGUACGCAAUUCCAGCCUUUCCCCUCCAUACCUUCUUCACGAGACUGUCAAGAUCUCCUCCUUGUAA